UCAUUACUCUUGUUUCAACGAAGAUAAUAAACCACGAUGUAUCAUUAUUUGUGAUUAUGAUGUGUGACAACUCGUUAUCAGUUGUUAAACAACUUCGCCGCUGAUGUAAAGAAGAUUAAGAUUUAUUACUUGAAAAUUUCAACGACAUUGUUCAAUCCGUGUACGUUUAUUAAUUGUCGCUCUCAAACAAUAUUAUGCAACGUUCGUUUUGAUUAUUUUUAUAAUUGCUAUGUUGCGAUUUAUAUAUAUGUAAUUUUUAGACGAAGUUUUUUCACUACGUUAAUUAGUUAAAUCUCUUUAACGAGUUAAAUAAUUUUUACGUUUCAUACAUUAAAAAUAACAUGUUGUCAAAAAAAUGUUUGAAGUUAGUAGCAUGCAUACUACUACUUGUGUUCAUCAUAUUGAGUCUACCAGAAUUGUGUAACAGUCACAGCCAUCAUAAAGACAAUCAUGCCAAAUCUCUUCCCACUAAUGAUACUGUAGGUUGGAUGUGGAUAAAAGCAUUAUCUUCUACAGUUGCAAUUAGCAUAUUUCCAUUUUUUGUUCUUUACUUUAUACCCAUUGAUCACAAAGAUGAUCACCAAUCUCUCUUAAAAAUUCUCCUAAGUUUUGCAUCUGGAGGACUUCUAGGUGAUGCGUUUCUACAUUUAAUACCACAUUCACUUUCCCCACUAGAAAGUCACGAAACUCAUGGCCAUGAACAUGAACAUUCCUGUCAGACACAUUCUCAUGAAGCUGUUCAUGACCAUAGUAAUGAGACACGAGUUGGUUUAUGGAUUUUAGGAGGAAUUUUAAUGUUUUUAUUUGUUGAAAAAAUGGUUAGAGCAUUGAAAGGAGGACAUAGUCAUUCACAUUCACAUCCUAAAGAAAAAUUGAGUGAUGAUGAAGAUGAAAGUAGUCAUGAUAAUCAUGAAUUAUCUGCACAAAAUUUAUCAGUAGCUGGAUGGUUAAAUGUUGUAGCUGAUUUUACUCACAAUUUCACUGAUGGACUAGCUAUCGGAGCAGCUUAUUUAGCUGGCCAAAAUAUUGGGUUAGUCACAACUAUUACUGUACUACUUCAUGAAAUACCCCAUGAAAUUGGAGAUUAUGCAAUCUUAAUUAAAGAAGGCAGUACAAAAAAAAAUGCUAUGAAAUGUCAAUUAGUAACUGCUUUGGGAGCUAUAUGUGGCACUCUUGUUUCAUUGACAUUGGGGAAAGAGAGUGAAGCUGCUAAUUCUUGGGUAUUACCAUUUACAGCUGGUGGUUUUAUUUACAUAGCUACAGUUAAUGUUAUCCCAAGUCUUUUAGAAGAUACUAAUUUUAAACAAUCAAUUAAAGAAAUUGCUGCACUUCUUGUUGGAGUUUACUUAAUGGUUCUUGUUGCUGAUUAUGAAUAGAUAUUUAUUAUCUUAUUAAUAUGUCUCUCACUAUUAUUUUCUUUAAGUAUAAAAUAUAAAUAAAUCAAUUAAAUUAAAUUAAAUUUUUAAUUAAAAUUAAUAAUUCAUUGAAAUAGUUGUUACAAAAAAUUUGUUUUCAUAUCAAUAUAUCAGCUAUGAAAAUUUUUUUAUUAAUACCAAAAUUCUAUUUUUUUUAAUACUCCAUCUAUAUCUCUAAAAUGUAAAUAGUUAAUACUAAUGAAGAUUUACUAGGUAUCUUUAUAUUUUGUAUUACAAACUCUAAAAAAAUAAAUACAUCAAAUUGUUCAAUUAUGCUUGACUGUACAUUAUAAUGAAAAUAAGAAAGUUAAAUAACAACAUUAGUUUAGCAUAAAUUUAUAAGGCUAAGAAAUGUUUAGUGUUUAAUAACUAAUUUAUACAUAAUUAGUUAUUAUAUUCGAUUUAUAAAGGGUAUAUGAUAUUAGUUACCGGAUUGCUCAAAUAUUCUAGAUCAAAUAUUUUUGUAAAAAUAUAUUUACCUACAAAACUGAGCAUAUAAUUAAUGCUGUAGAAUAAAAAUUAUUCUAUUUUGAUCAUAAUUGUUAAUCAAUUCGACAUACGAUACAAUUGUAUGUCAUCCUACCAUCAAAAUUAUACAUAUAUUCCAUAUUAUAUUAUUAAAUUAAUUUGUUAAUUUUUUAUAAUUUGUUUCAUUAUUAAUUUAUAUUUAAUAAUAAAUAAAUUAUUUUGAUA